GCUAAUGAAGCCUCUCCCUAAUGGCGAUCUCCUCAAAUCCCCCACUCUAAUCAAGAUCUCCGCCUUAGUUUUCGUCACCGUCGCUUUCUUCUACUUAGGCAAGCAUUGGUCCGACGAUGGCUACCAACAGCUCGUCUUCUUCUCCUCUUCCACCUCCCGUAGCUCGAUCCCGGAGGUCUCCGUCUCACCGAAUAGUAACAGAGUUUUCAAUUUAUCUGCGAUAAUUCCUACUAAUCAUACCGAGAUCGAAAUCCCCGCCACAAUACAACAGCAACCUCCGUCGGUGGUUAAGGUGGAAGCUAAUCCUCCUCCUCCUCCACCUUCUCCUCCACCUCCUUCUCCUCCUCCGCCUGGUCCGGUUAAGAGCUUUGGGAUAGUAGAUGAGAACGGUGUGAUGUCUGACGAUUUUGAGGUGGGUGAGGUUGAGAGUGAUACUGUGGAAGAUUGGGGGAAUCAGACGGAGAUCGUUGAAGCGAAAAGGGACGGCGAUUCUAAGGCUAGGGUUAGAAUUAAGAAAUUUGGGAUGUGUCCUGAGAGCAUGAGAGAGUAUAUACCUUGUUUGGAUAAUACUGAUGCGAUAAAGAAGCUCAAAUCUACAGAGCGAGGUGAGAGAUUCGAGCGUCAUUGUCCUGAGAAAGGUAAAGGCUUGAAUUGCUUGGUUCCGCCUCCUAAAGGUUAUCGUCAGCCGAUUCCAUGGCCUAAAAGCCGAGACGAGGUAUGGUUUAGCAAUGUUCCGCAUACUCGGCUUGUUGAAGACAAAGGAGGUCAGAACUGGAUUUCACGAGACAAGAACAAGUUCAAGUUUCCUGGAGGUGGUACACAAUUUAUUCAUGGGGCUGAUCAGUACUUGGACCAGAUGUCUAAGAUGGUUUCUGAUAUCACGUUUGGCAAGCAUAUUAGGGUUGCUAUGGAUGUUGGUUGUGGUGUGGCGAGUUUUGGCGCUUAUUUAUUGUCUCGCGAUGUCUUGACACUGUCUGUUGCACCAAAAGAUGUCCACGAGAACCAAAUUCAAUUUGCUCUUGAGCGUGGUGUGCCUGCUAUGGCGGCAGCAUUUGCGACAAGGCGGUUGUUAUAUCCGAGCCAAGCUUUUGAUCUUAUUCAUUGUUCAAGAUGUAGAAUCAACUGGACUCGUGAUGAUGGAAUUUUGCUCCUUGAGAUCAAUAGAAUGCUGCGCGCUGGAGGAUAUUUUGCUUGGGCUGCACAGCCUGUUUAUAAGCAUGAACCCGCUUUGGAAGAACAAUGGACUGAAAUGCUGAAUCUUACUACUAGCCUUUGCUGGAAAUUGGUAAAGAAGGAAGGAUACGUUGCAAUCUGGCAGAAGCCUUUCAACAAUGACUGUUAUUUGAGUCGUGAGGCUGGGACUAAACCUCCUCUUUGUGAUGAAUCUGAAGACCCCGAUAAUGUUUGGUACACAAAUCUGAAACCUUGCAUCAGUCGCAUACCUGAGAAUGGAUAUGGAGGAAAUGUCCCCUUAUGGCCUGCCCGCCUGCAUACUCCACCUGAUAGGCUGCAGACGAUAAAAUUUGAUUCCUACAUUGCUAGGAAAGAGCUAUUCAAGGCAGAAUCAAAAUAUUGGAAUGAAAUAAUUGGAGGAUAUGUUCGCGCCUUAAAAUGGAAAAAGAUGAAACUAAGAAAUGUUUUGGACAUGAGAGCAGGCUUUGGCGGAUUUGCAGCUGCACUAAAUGAUCAUAAACUCGAUUGCUGGGUUCUAAGUGUGGUUCCUGUCAGUGGGCCUAACACAUUGCCUGUCAUUUAUGACCGUGGACUGUUAGGAGUUAUGCAUGAUUGGUGUGAACCAUUUGAUACAUACCCACGGACAUAUGACUUCUUACAUGCCUCUGGACUCUUCUCAAUCGAGAGGAAAAGAUGUGAGAUGUCAACCAUAUUAUUAGAGAUGGACCGAAUAUUAAGACCCGGUGGAAGAGCAUACAUUAGGGAUUCAAUUGAUGUUAUGGAUGAAAUUCAAGAAAUCACAAAGGCUAUGGGUUGGCAUACUUCUCUGCGUGACACAUCCGAGGGUCCUCACGCAAGUUACAGGAUUCUAACAUGCGAGAAGCGUCUCCUUCGAGCUUAAUACCAGACAAGUUACUGCACUUUAGUCAACACAAUAUAUUGUUUGGUAAUAUCUCUUAUAGUUUUCUUCUUUUUUUCUUUAUGUAACUGUAAAUGUGAUUGUGGUGUUUUACUGAGUAAAGGUUCACUUAGUCUUCAAUUUUUAGUACAACA